AUGAAGAAAUUUGCCAGGCUCCAACAGAAAGCACUAGCUCCUGCACUAAAAGUUGUACCAAACAAGAAACAGUCCCUGGCGGUGGUGGUGGCGUCCAAGGCACGUCCACCCGUGCCUGCGUCUACGCCUGUGCCUGUGCCCAAGGCUGCGCCGGCACCGCAGCCACUAAUCGCGGUGAAAAAAUCCGGGGUAAUCCGCAUAAAGGGCCAGGAAUUUAAAAUCAACUUCCCAUUACUCUUCAUAUAUCUCCUUGUCUUCUUAUACGGCAUAGCCAUCAUAGCAUUCCACCUCGUCGAUAAGCUAGACUUGUACAAGAACAUGCCGCUCGGAUCACUGCAAGCGAAACAAUUGACUAGCAAGGAAGUCAUCCAAUUUCUCGCCAAGUUCACCCCGUGCGACGUUUCCGACUCACUUAACAAUGCCGGGGUCGCAAAUGGCGGCUUCAUACCAAAUUUGAUCAACCAAUCCCCCGUGGCAGCAAAGACCGCAUCAGCCGUGGGCAAGGCCUACACCGUGUUGUAUGCGCCCAAAGCCGACCCGAGACCCGCGCUCAAACAGUCCUACAUCGAUGAGGUCCCCGCGGACGCCAUGGUCGUCAUUGGCCUCCCCUUGGAGUUGCAAACUGUGCAAGCUCCCUACACCAGAGUCAAUAACGCGCUUUAUGGCGGACUCAUGUCGACUAGAGCCCAGUACCGCAAAGCGCAGGGCUCGGUCAUCUUGGGCAGAAUCAGAGACUUGGAUGAACAUAACGCCUUGCACUAUCCAGUGUGGUCGUAUGGGGUCGGCACGAGCGCACCGGGCCCCGUGGUGAAAGUGGUUGCAAUCAAUGUGCCUUUGCAGGUCAAGGUUGCCGCGAACGGUGACGCCACGAGGGUCGAGGAGAUUUUAACCAUAAACCCCGGUGAUUACUUGAUUGCGGAUAAGAACGGCGUGGUUUGUUUAGAGGAUGACGACAAGUUGCAGCUGGUGCUUGACUAUAUACCUAAGCGUGUCGAAGCUGAUUCCAAAGUGAGCGAGGAUAUCAAACGUGGUAAGCCUGCUGCUUCGUCUCAAAAGCAUUGGAGAGGAAAGAUUUGA